AUGAGUAGCACCCAACUUAGUGAAUCCUUUAAUGCAUACUUGAAGGACUUCAUUCAGUCUGAUCAUAACUUAAUGCAAUUUUUCAUGCAUUUUGAUCGAGUUCUUUGUGAGAAGAGGUACAAAGAGUUACAAGCCGAAUAUGCUCUAGGCCAAAAGUUGCCAAGGGUGAAUAUUAAAGUAAAGAUUAUAGAGCAAGUUGCAGAUGUUUACACAAAUAAAAUUUAUGAAGAAUUUCAAGAUGAGUAUGUCAAGUCCCUUGAAGUAAACAUUGAAAAAACUGAAAUUUGUGGUGAGAGUACCAUUUAUACGGUUCUUGAUAGUGAUGGUGUAAAGGUGAGGAAGGUGAUAGUGGAGUGUGAUGGUUCACUCACUUGCAAUUGUAGGAAGUUUGAAAUGAAAGGCAUUUUGUGUAGUCAUUGUUUGAAGAUCCUUAGAGAAACCCUAAAAUUCAAAGAGAUUCCUUCCGAAUAUAUUCUCAAGAGAUGGACUAAAAAAGCAAGAGCUGAAAAUGUGAAAGAUAGGUGUGGGCAUGAUAUUAAGGUUGAUGUAAGAUUGCAUCAAACUUCACGCUUUAGAUCAUUGAUGGCAAUUUUCAGAGCAGUAGCGUGUAGAGCUUCCGAAAGUGAGGAAACAUAUAACUUGACAGUAGAGAAAGCGGAUGACUUAAUUGCAAACAUUGAAAGCAUGUUAAGCGCAAAAUUCAAUAUGCCUUUUUCAGAUACUAUUGAACAAGAAAGCCCUCCCGACACAUGCCCCGAAAGCUUUGAAGUGGAUGGUGUACCGGAUACAAAUGUAGUUCAAGCAAAAGGACUUAAACGAAGAUAG